GCAGCUAUUUUCGUAUGGGUCGCCGUCUAGUUCACACCGACAUCGGAAAAUACACAGAGCUCGGUGCACGGCCAGUUGGAAAAUUAUUAUCAGCAAAGCAGCAAAUAAAAGCCCGACCAAACAAAAACCGAAUUAAGUCAAAGCACACGGAAAGGCCAAAGAAAAGCGAGAAAAGCAAUGACGAAAUGAUUUGAAUUCAGUCGGCAGUCAACGCGCAUAAUCGUAGCCAUCGCACACACACUCGAGCAAACGGGCACACACAUACACGCGGAGGGUGUAAAGGAGAGAGUGGGCCAAAAGGUGGGUGGGCGAGGGUGACUGGGCGCAGCAGCAGCAACAACAACAGCGUGAAAACAAACGACGAUUGCCGUGUAAAUUAAACGGAAAAACAAUGCGAAUACGCGAAAAACGCAAGUUGCAACGAGAAGCAAGGGAGCAGAGAGGGGAAAAGGCUCAGAAGGAACGCAAGGAAUUCUCAAUAAAGACGGAGGAAAACAAGGAAAAGGCCACCGACACGGAGGCUCUCACACCAGCUCCUGCGCCUGCGCCUGCACCUGCUCCAACAGCAGCGACACCCUCCUCAUCCGCACCACCCACUCCCACCCCCAGCCUGCCGGCAGCCGAGAAGGUGGCCUUCGACAACCGCAUCAAGCGCAAGAAUGUCCUCGCCCUGAACGAAAAGGUGGCCGCCCUGCGGGAGUACGAUCGCCUGCCGGUCUACAAGCACGUGGGCCGCCUGUUCAACUGCAGUCCGGAUCAGAUCAAGCGCAUCGUGCAGCAGCGCCAGGAGAUCCUGAACGCUUGGGACCAACGGACACGCAGGAGCCAGGAUGCCAAGACAAUGGAGACGAAGACUGUGCGAGUGUCGAUGCUGGGCAAGGCCGUCUAUGAUUGGAUCCGGCGAAUGAUGUACUACAGGGACUUCAAGAUCUCGGACGGGCUCAUCCAGAAGAUGGCGCUCCAAUUCAAGAGCUCGAUGGGCCUGGCGCACUUCUUUCCGCACCAGGAGUGGUGCGACAAGUUCCGGCGCACAUACAGCAUCCACCACGACGACACCAAGGAGCUGAAGAUCGGCUACAAGCAGGGCUACUCGGUGCAGAUCAAGGACAUUAUCAAGGACGUCAUGUCGGAGUGCAUGCCGGAGAGUGGACCGCGCAAAAGGGAGGAGGACGACGAGGAGGUCAGUCUGGGCAGCCCACUGAGCAGCAAUCCGCGCAGCUGCGGCGAGGACGAGGACGACGACGUAGACGUGGACGGGGGCGAUGUCAGCGGCAGAGAAGAUGAUCUGGACGAGGAGCCGGAUGUGAAGCCCUCUCUGAGCGAGCUGAAUCUGGCCAGGGCCCUCCAGCCCUUGCCGCCACUGGUGCGGCUUCCCCUGCAGACCAACGCCCCGCCCGGCACCUCGCAGAAGGUGCUGCUGGCCACGCCAAUUGUGCCGCCGCGCGGGGGCCAGCCCAUGACGAUGACCAUCAUACCGCUGGCCACGCUGGCCCAGAGCAUCACCCAGAUUCCCUCCCCGCAGCAGUUGCCGCAGGACAAGGGCCCGGUGGUGCCGCCGCCCAAGCUGGAGAUCAAGCAGGAGAAGGACAUCAAAAUGGAGCCCAAGGACCCGGAGGAGUUCCAGACGGAGGUGGACCAAUCUCGAAACGAAAACCAAGCUGCAAGGGAGAAGGAGCCAGAAAAAAUCAUGCCUACAGUGCACGUUAAACAGGAGCCAGAAGCAGAGCUGGAAUCGGAAAUGGACCAGGAGCCCGCUGAUCCCGACGAGGAUGCGAACAACGGACGCUCUAGUGUCACCUCGCUGGCCGAGGUCCUGGCCGCCAAUGUGGAGGACGAGAUGGAGUACAUCGAGCAGAUGCGCCAGCACAAGAUGAGUUCGCCUCCGCCAAUCGAAAAGGUUUCGAAUCCUCGCCAGAACAACAAGCGGCGACGUGAGUCCCUUCACGACGACAACAACAACGGGGAGUCCGGGCAGGGAAGCGGUUCCAGUGUCAUCAGCUGCGCCGAUGCCCGCAAGUACCUGAAACUGCUCGAGGAGUUUGCCCUGUACAAGGAGAACUACCGGCUCAUUGGCUUGAUCACCCGCGCCGACGAGGUGAUGCGGGAAAUCGACGACGACGGUGUGGCGUAGAGUGCUUCAAAAAAGGAGCAUAACGUGGAAAUGGAAAAGGAGGAUGAGGAACAGCUGCAGCCAAAGAGCAUUAGCUAUGCAAACUGUCGCAUCUCGAAGAUGCAGUUCGGUCAGAUGAAAUCAAUCACUAGAGCUAAGAAAACCUUAAUUUUUACUCGAACCAAAUAAACACAAUCAAACCAAAUAAUUUGAAACAGCUGAAGAUUGCAGAAACAAUGAAAGAUAAGAAAGCGAGUAAGAAAUGCAUCUGUAAAAUUUCAGUUACAACCCAAUUAUAUUGACCUAUUUUGUGAGAUUUCGCAGA